AUGGCCCUCUACAACCCCAUCCCCGUCCGACAGAACUGCCUCACGGUCAACCGGUCUCUGUUCCUCUUCAGCGAGGACAACGUGGUGAGAAAAUACGCCAAAAAGAUCACCGAAUGGCCAUAUCCUUUGCCCGAGCCCCGCGGCGCCUCCCCCUCCUCGCCGCCUCCCUCUACCCGGCGGGGAGAGACCGGGGCUGAUGGGAGAAACGGGAGCCUCUGGGAACUGGAGCCCAGUACCAGCUCCCGACCUCCCCAGCCUGCUUCCCCAAGGAGGGGCCGCACUCUUAGGCAGGGGGGCGCUGGGGGGCUGGCGGGAGAAGAGCCCGUGGGGAACCGGGAAGGGACACCGGAGACUCAGCCUCCUGUGGACAGACCAUCUCUGGCAGAUGACAUUCAGGGUGAGUCUCCGGCUCCGUGUGGGACAGAGGAACCCGCCCGCACCUGCCCCAAUGGGACCAAAUGUCAGCCCUACUGGGAAGGGCCCAACAACGGGAUCACUCAGUUCGACAACAUCCUGUUUGCAGUGCUGACCGUCUUCCAGUGCAUCACCAUGGAAGGGUGGACUGAUCUCUUGUACAAUAGCAACGAUGCCUCAGGGAACACUUGGAACUGGUUGUACUUCAUCCCCCUCAUCAUCAUUGGCUCCUUUUUUAUGCUGAACCUUGUGCUGGGUGUGCUGUCAGGGGAGUUUGCCAAAGAAAGGGAGCGGGUGGAGAACCGGCGGGCUUUUCUGAAGCUGAGGCGGCAGCAGCAGAUUGAAAGAGAGCUCAAUGGGUACAUGGAGUGGAUCUCGAAAGCAGAAGAGGUGAUCCUCGCCGAGGACGAAACCGACGGAGAGCAGAGGCAUCCCUUUGAUGGAGCUCUGCGAAGGGCCACCAUAAAGAAAAGCAAGACAGACCUGCUCAACCCUGAAGAGGCUGAGGAUCAGCUGGCCGAUAUCGCCUCUGUGGGGUCUCCUUUCGCUCGAGCCAGCAUUAAAAGUGCCAAGCUGGAGAACUCGACUUUUUUUCACAAAAAGGAGAGGAGGAUGCGUUUCUACAUCCGCCGCAUGGUCAAAACUCAGGCCUUCUACUGGACUGUGCUCAGUCUGGUAGCCCUCAACACGCUGUGUGUUGCUAUCGUUCACUACAACCAGCCCGAGUGGCUCUCCGACUUCCUCUACUAUGCAGAAUUCAUUUUCUUAGGACUCUUUAUGUCCGAAAUGUUUAUAAAAAUGUACGGGCUCGGGACGCGGCCUUACUUCCACUCUUCCUUCAACUGCUUUGACUGUGGGGUUAUCAUCGGGAGCAUCUUCGAGGUCAUCUGGGCCGUCAUAAAACCUGGCACAUCCUUUGGAAUCAGCGUGUUACGAGCUCUCAGGUUAUUGCGUAUUUUCAAAGUCACAAAGUACUGGGCGUCUCUCAGGAACCUGGUCGUCUCUCUUCUCAACUCCAUGAAAUCCAUCAUCAGCCUGUUGUUCCUCCUUUUCCUCUUUAUUGUAGUCUUCGCCCUUUUGGGAAUGCAACUCUUUGGCGGCCAGUUUAACUUCGAUGAAGGAACGCCUCCUACCAACUUUGACACUUUUCCAGCAGCAAUAAUGACGGUGUUUCAGAUCCUGACGGGCGAGGACUGGAACGAGGUCAUGUACGACGGCAUCAAGUCCCAGGGGGGCGUGCAGGGUGGCAUGGUGUUUUCCAUCUACUUCAUCGUGCUGACGCUCUUCGGGAACUACACCCUCCUGAACGUGUUCUUGGCCAUCGCCGUGGACAACCUGGCCAACGCCCAGGAGCUCACCAAGGAUGAACAAGAAGAAGAAGAGGCAGCCAACCAAAAACUUGCCCUACAGAAAGCCAAGGAGGUGGCAGAAGUGAGUCCUCUGUCCGCGGCCAACAUGUCCAUAGCUGUGAAGGAACAACAGAAGAAUCAGAAGACAACCAAGUCUGUGUGGGAGCAGCGGACCAGCGAGAUGCGGAAGCAGAACCUGCUGGCCAGCCGGGAGGCCCUGUACAACGAGCUGGACCCGGAUGAGCGUUGGAAGGCCUCCUACGCCCGGCAUUUGCGGCCCGACAUGAAGACACACUUGGACCGGCCGCUGGUGGUCGACCCCCAGGAGAACCGCAACAACAACACCAACAAGAGCCGGGCAGCCGAGCCCACGGUGGACCAGCGCCUCGGCCAGCAGCGUGCCGAGGACUUCCUCAGGAAACAGGCCCGCUACCACGACCGGGCCCGGGACCCCAGCGGCCCAGGGGGCCUGGACGCCCGGAGGCCCUGGGCUGGCAGCCAGGAGGCCGAGCUGGGCCGGGAGGGUCCUUGCGGCCGGGAGUCGGACCACCACACCCGGGAGGGCCUAGAGCAACCAGGGUUCUGGGAGGGUGAGGCUGAGCGGGCCAAGGCCAUGGACCCCCACAGGAGGCACCCUCACCGGCAGGGGGCCAGCAGAGAGAGCCGCAGUGGCUCGCCUCGCGCGGGGGCCGACGGGGAACCCCGCAGGCACCGGCCCCACCGGAGGCCAGGGGAGGAGGGGCUGGAGGACAAGGCUGAGCGGAGGUCCCGGCACCGCGAGGGCAGCCGGCCGGCCCGGAGCGGUGAGGGCGAGGGCGAGGGGCCCAAUGGCGGAGAGCGGAGGCGGCGGCACCGGCAUGGCCCUCCGGCCACGUAUGACACAGACGCGCGGAGGGAGGACAAGGAGCGCCGGCAUCGGCGGAGGAAGUACGGCCGAUGCUGCUGGCCCAUGGACCACACUUUGAGUAACGAGACUCUAGUGGACAGAGUGAAUGUUGCAGGCACCUGUAGGCACAGUCACCACAAGUGCGACAGGUCACUGGCUGGUUCAGGGUUGUGUGGACAACUAAACGAAAUGCAGGCACGAUCACUGGCGUUCGAGAUGUUACAGAACAGCAAACACCUCCUGCAGGACCUGGGCCGCCAAGACCCACCACUGGCCGAGGAUAUCGACAACAUGAAGAACAACAAGCUGGCCACCGCGGAGUCGGCCAGUCCCCACGACAGCCUUGGCCACUCUGGCCUGCCCCAGAGCCCAGCCAAGAUGGGUAACAGCGCCGACCCUGGGCCCAUGCCAGCCCCACCCUCCACGGCUACCAACCUCCAGAACGCCGCCAGCCGCCGGACACCCAACAACCCGGGGAACCCGUCCAACCCUGGCCCCCCUAAAACCCCUGAGAACAGCCUUAUCGUCACCAACCCCAGCAGCACCCAGACCAACUCAGCUAAGACUGCCAGAAAACCCGACCACACCACGGUGGACAUCCCCCCUGCCUGCCCGGCCCCCCUCAAUCACACUAUCGUCCAAGGUGAGACACCUCCACCCUUGCAAUAUUACAUGGAGGGGGGUGACCCUGCAUCUCUGGAGCCAGGCUGCCUGAGCUCCAACCCCAAAAUGCUGCUGUGCUGCCCUGGCAACUACUAUGUGCCAAGUGCCAAACUGCACAUCGAGGAGUACCAGUAUGAUACAGUCCCUCGCUCCCAGAGCUCCCGAAUGCCAGGCCCUUGGUCAUGCUGUGCCCACCACCCAGCGCACCUGAACUGCUCUCCUACCACCAUCACCUCGGCCUCCCCGGUUCCUUCAGCCCUUGCAACCCAUGUGCUGCGGUAUUUUGACUACGUUUUUACAGGCGUCUUUACAUUUGAGAUGGUGAUCAAGAUGAUCGACCUGGGGCUCGUCCUGCACCAGGGCGCCUACUUCCGUGACCUCUGGAACAUUCUCGACUUCAUUGUGGUCAGUGGGGCCCUGGUGGCCUUCGCCUUCACUGGCAAGUAUCUCCUCUACGAGAAGAACGAGGUGAAAGCCCGGGACCGAGAGUGGAAGAAGUAUGAGUUCCAUUAUGACAACGUGCUGUGGGCUCUGCUGACCCUCUUCACCGUGUCCACGGGGGAAGGCUGGCCACAGGUCCUCAAGCACUCGGUGGAUGCCACCUUCGAGAACCAGGGCCCCAGUCCUGGGUACCGCAUGGAGAUGUCCAUCUUCUAUGUCGUCUACUUUGUGGUGUUCCCCUUCUUCUUUGUCAACAUCUUUGUGGCCUUGAUCAUCAUCACCUUCCAGGAGCAGGGGGACAAGAUGAUGGAGGAAUACAGCCUGGAGAAAAAUGAGUUCUACGGGGCCUCGCUUGCUUAUGAAAAUGCUCUUAGAGUGUUCAACAUCGUCUUCACUUCCCUCUUCUCUCUGGAAUGUGUGUUGAAAGUCAUGGCUUUUGGGAUUCUGGAAGCCAGCCAGUGGCAGGAUUUCUCUGGGGCUCCGGAGCUGGAGCCCAGCGGGCAGCGAGGACUCACCCUGCAGCCGAACAGCCCCAGCUCCCUCCCGUCCUCCCCAUUCCCGCUCGCCAAGGGGAAUAACUUCAUCAAUCUGAGCUUCCUCCGCCUCUUCCGAGCUGCCCGGCUCAUCAAACUCCUCCGUCAGGGUUACACCAUCCGCAUUCUUCUCUGGACCUUUGUGCAGUCCUUCAAGGCCCUGCCAUAUGUCUGUCUGCUGAUUGCCAUGCUAUUCUUCAUCUACGCCAUCAUCGGAAUGCAGGUGUUUGGCAACAUUGGCAUUGACGUGGAGGACGAGGACAGUGAUGAGGAUGAAUUCCAAAUCACUGAACACAAUAACUUCCGGACCUUCUUCCAGGCCCUCAUGCUUCUCUUCCGGAGCGCCACCGGGGAGGCUUGGCACAACAUCAUGCUGUCCUGCCUCAGUGGAAAGCCGUGUGAUAAAAACUCUGGCAUCUUGACUCCCGACUGUGGCAACGAAUUCGCUUAUUUUUACUUCGUUUCCUUCAUCUUCCUCUGCUCAUUUCUGUCCAGUCUCCUGACAGUGGCUCCCACUGGCAAGGUGAACCAGAGGCCAGCUGCCAAUGGUCACAGCAGUGGGAUGCUAUCCCCCUAUCCUCUUUUCCACGAGCCCCCAGUGGGCCGCAUGCCUUACCCGGACAUGUAUCAGAUGCUGAGACACAUGUCUCCGCCCCUGGGUCUGGGGAAGAAGUGUCCGGCCAGAGUGGCCUACCAGAGGCUUCUGCGGAUGGACCUGCCGGUCGCUGACGACAACACCGUCCACUUCAAUUCCACCCUCAUGGCCCUGAUCCGAACGGCCCUGGACAUCAAGAUUGCCAAGGGCGGAGCUGACAAGCAGCAGAUGGAUGCUGAGCUGCGGAAGGAGAUGAUGGCCAUUUGGCCCAACCUGUCCCAGAAGACGCUGGACUUGCUGGUCACACCUCACAAGUCCACGGACCUGACAGUGGGGAAGAUCUAUGCCGCCAUGAUGAUCAUGGAGUACUACCGGCAAAGCAAGGCCAAGAAGCUACAGGCCAUGCGUGAGGAGCAGAACCGGACGCCCCUCAUGUUCCAGCGCAUGGAGCCCCCAUCUCCAACGCAGGAGGGUGGGCCUGGCCAGAAUGCCCUCCCCUCCACCCAGCUGGACCCAGGAGGAGGCCUGAUGGUUCACGAAGGUGGCAUCAAGGAGAGCCCAUCCUGGAUGACCCAGCGGGCCCAGGAGAUGUUCCAGAAGACAGGCACGUGGAGCCCGGAGCAGGGGCCACCCACCGACAUGCCCAACAGCCAGCCCAACUCUCAGUCUGUGGAGAUGCGAGAGAUGGGCAGAGAUGGCUACUCCGACAGUGAGCACUACCUCCCCAUGGAAGGCCAGGCCCGGGCCACCUCCAUGCCCCGCCUCCCUGCCGAGAACCAGAGGAGAAGGGGCCGGCCACGUGGGAAUAACCUCAGUACCAUCUCAGACACCAGCCCCAUGAAGCGCUCGGCCUCAGUGCUGGGCCCUAAGGCCCGGCGCCUGGACGACUACUCCCUGGAGCGGGUGCUGCCCGAGGAGAACCAGCGGCACCACCAACGGCGCCGAGACCGGGGCCACCGUGCCUCUGAGCGCUCCCUGGGCCGCUACACCGACGUGGACACAGGCUUGGGCACAGACCUGAGCAUGACCACUCAGUCCGGGGACCUUCCAUCGAAGGAUCGCGACCAGGAGCGGGGCCGGCCCAAGGACCGGAAGCACCGCCAGCACCACCAUCACCACCACCACCACCCCCCGCCCCCCGACAAGGAGCGCUACAGCCAGGAGCGGCCCGACCACAGCCGGGCCCGGGCCCGGGACCAGCGCUGGUCCCGCUCCCCAAGCGAGGGCCGAGAGCACAUAACACACCGGCAGGUGGGUGUGCCCACGGUGCCCCAGCCAGCAGGACAGCUGGCUGCCAGGGGCUGCCCUUCCCCAACCCCAGGAGGCCCCACCCAGCAAGCAGCCAGGUCUGGCUUUGCCCAAGGCAGGGCCCGUGCUCCAGGCUGUGACCUCUGA